CGGCGGGCAUGGAGCGGGGCCGGGACGGGGAGGAGGAGCUGGAGGAGGAGGAGGAGGAUGAGGAUGAGGAGGAUGGUGGCCCGGAGAGCGCUCUGGAGAAGAGCCCGUUCCAGCUGACGGCCGCGGAUGUGUACGACAUCUCCUCCGUGGUGGGCCGGGACCUGCUGCAGCUCCGCGCCGGGCCGCAGCUGCCCGCCGCCCGCGCCCGGCUGCAGUUCAGGAUCGUCCGGGUGCUGGAGAUGCUGGAGGCGCUGGUGAGCGAGAGCAGCGUGACCGAGGAGCAGCUGCGGCGGGAGCGGGACAGCCUCCGGCGGGAGCUCGAGCAGCUGCGGGCGGCGGCCCGAGGGAGCGACCCGCAGUCCAGCCUCGGACCAGAUCAAAUGGUGAUAGACCUCACAGACCCCAACCGGCCCCGGUUCACGUUACAGGAGCUCCGGGAUGUAUUGCAAGAGAGGAACCAGCUGAAAGCUCAGCUUCUGGUGGUGCAAGAGGAGCUACAGUGCUACAAGAGUGGGAUCAUCUCACAGAAAAGGGACCAAACUGAAGAACUGGAAAAAGCAGCCAGUGGCAGCAGUGCUGGCACCAGAAAGGACAGUGAAGAGAAGACAAUCAUCAAACGGUUGUUUUCUUUUAAACAUGGAAAAUGAGCAUCCUCAAGGACUUUGCUGCUGGUGAGAAUGGCACUGCUGAGCCUCAGAGGCGUUGGGAAAGACAAUGAUUGGAAACAGCAGCAUCACUCCUACUGUAGAGAAUGAGCAAUCUCAUUAAAAUCACGUUGUAUAAUAUUCUUUCAGAAUAAUUUUACUCUGCUUUUUCAGAAACUGUUUGAAACAGACACUUUUUGUAUUUCUUACUUUCAGACGUUAUCCACAUGUAGAAAAUAAAACGUUUGUAUAAAGUUGGGAUUUAUUCUUACUCAAAGAGCCUGUGAUGAUCUGUACUACAGCAUACUUAUCCUGUCCAGCUAUCAAAACAUUCAGCCCAAAUGAUUUUGUAAGAGGAAGAUAAUGGAGACCUGCCAUUCACAAGUGGUUGGGGAUGAGAUGAACAGUGGAGGAAAGCACAGCAAAGCAAGAAAAGCUGCUGCCAUUGGGCUCUGCCCACAUGAAGGGCUGAGGUGCAGGAACAGAUGCACCAAACAUUUCAUUUCUGACAGCUGAAGGUCUCCUGUGGUAGAGAGUUGUGUUUUGCAUAAGCUCUGUUCUUUCAAUCACCUGCCACAAGCUGUGUAUUGGCCCCAGUAAUGAGAUUUAGCACCAGUGGAAGCAUAUAGGGCAAACAGGGGAGUGGGGAAAGAAGCUUGAAAGACACCAAUUAGGUUCUCCAUUUAGAAAGGUAGAAUAUCCAGAGCACAAGUCUGAACAGACAUAAAAGAAGCAGUGACAGGUAUCAAACUGUGAUCUUACUCUCUUCAGAAAUAAAAGCAGCCUCUGAAGUCUUUUGAUUCCCUCUCCUGCUCUGGCAGCAUGAAGGAUGUAGGGCACUUCACACAUUGCUCAGUGGCAGGUGAGGAUGUGGC